CUUGACGGUAUAUACUUGUGUGCGGCGGUUGCCUAUUAGCGUUUUUUUAGGGCGCAGUAUAACGUGUCUCUCGUGGAGAGCUUUUCCUGUUUUAUGCAUCCGAUAUAUGGACGGCGCUAGCUUCGUGAUGGGCACUCAAAACAAGCCGAAAUCAACCCGAAUAUCAAACAUGGGGCUUCCAUUUAGACGCUACUCAAUGCCAGAGACUGUGAUGCGAAAGUACUCGCUGAAACGACAGCGCUCCGUUCAAUCGCCGACCGAGUUCGGUAUCCCCGGGACCAAAGACCAAGGCUGCCAAACGGACUUCAGCGUGUUCACACCAGACAGCGCCACCACCCUCCCGCUCCCCAAAAAAUCCACUCGGCUCGGCACCAUCUCGGAGAAGAUGAUGAUGCGCUGCAGCCGAUGCAACCGCUCCUCCGAGAGACGACAUUCCUACAGCUGCAAGUACAACAUAGUCUGUUCCAAAUGCAAGCAGACCUGGCGCAAGACCUCACUCCCGGUCUCCAUCGUUUCAGUCUCGAAAGGCGGCGAGACCCUGCGCAAGACCAGCGACAUCUGUCGGGCACCCAAUAAACCACUCUUCCAGUCCGGCAGUAGCCCGGAGAACAAGAUCCAGUUCGACAUAGGAAAGAUCAUCGAAAGAUCCUCGGAUUUCGAAAGUGACGUCAGUCGAGAUGGAGACUCUUUUCGGUUUCCGGACGAGCCGAAUAUCGAGUCCGAGUUGAGCCGCUUGGAGUCAACCCAAGGCGAGAACAGAUUAGAGAAUCCCGACUCCGAAGUCGAGACCGCCACUGAGCGGACGACGAACAAAAUGUUCGAGGACCGGAUAUUGAAGAUGCUAGACACGUACUGCCCGCACAUGCAGUGUACUUUAAACAUGUUCAUGGGGUCGAAAAGACCUCAUUCGGAGGGUUCGCAGAGGAGUCAGACCAGCAGCGACGUGAAGAGACCGAAAUCCGCGACGGCGAGACUUUCCAGCGCCAUGGAUGACAUCCCGGCCAGGAUGCCUCCAGACGCUGACUCAGGGCUGAGUAACGGAGACAUUUUAAAUUUAGAAAACGGCAACAACUCAGGGACGCAAAACAUCCUAAUAAUCGAUCAUGACAACAUCAGCAGCACGGAAAACACUCCCGGGAGCACGACUCGAGAGUGCGAUAGUUGCCACGGCAGCUGUCCGAAAUGCUGCAGUCAGGAUUUCAGCGACGCACCGCACACUUACUCCUGCUGUUGCACGAGUCCCGACACCACGAUCGAGAUGAAAACCUCCUCCGGGUUAACCUCGAGCUCGGGGACCCUGGACCAGACCGUGAGCGAUCUCUCUCGAUCGACCCAAGACUCGACUCUCAGCGUCACAUCGCUCACGCCCGAGAACCAAAGACUGAAAACGACCUCACCUCUUCCGAUCGUCCUGUCUUCGGAAUGCAUACUCCUCACCCCUAUCGUGCCGGAGCAAGAGGACCUGAACACGACGGGAAGUACCCAGAUCGAGGAGACGGCGAUCGAGACGAGCGACUCCCCGUUUCCCACCGUCAUCAACUCGGAGACAACCUUGAUCGAGCCUCUAGAGAAGGGGUAUAUUUCCAAGAAAGAAAUGCAUAAUUACAGCGUUCAUUUUCUCGAUUCGGGUCAUAGCGACUCCUCGGAGGAAAUCAAAAAAGUGAAAAAAUCUCAAAGAGUCAGAAUAGCGAAUGAUACCGAGUCGCUUGUGGUGAAUGGACAUCGAGGAGAGACGUUCGAGGUAACUCCUACGACAGACAUCCAUAAAACGCAGGUUGAUGAGAAUGGAAACGACAGCAUUGUCGGACUGGAGAAGGACUCGAGAACGAAUCAAUUCCCGAGAGAUAGGAGGAAAUCUUUGUGCCCUGGCAAUAUAAAAAACGAAGAGGAAUCAGACGGCGAAAAGGAAAAGAUAGAUAAGUCAACGUUGCUGAUUCAUGAAACGGUAGGAGAAUCAGAUACCAGUUUAGACGCGCCUGCCGAUCGAGUUCCUACAUUCUGCGGCACGGAUCAUGUUAACAAGGAUGCGACCCGGAAGACAAGCGACGAUGUCGAGCUGGUGUUGAAAAGAUCCAGUCAAGAUGCGGAGCGAGAGUUUUCAAGUAGGAAGGUCGACAUGUCCACACAAUUUCCCGCCGACGAUGGACUCGACGACGAAUUCUCAAAGAGUGCCAAAACCCGGGGACCGGAGCGGCGGAAGAGUCGGCGCGAGAAGAGAGACGCGAAACUGGCCGAGAUCAGUGAUAUGGUCGACGAGCUGGAACUGAGAGAGGUACCGAUCAGCUCCAUCUCCACGACUACUUACUACGAAGGAUUGGACGAAUUUUUAGUUCCGCGCUACUGUGCUGCGCCACGUUCAGUGUCCAUGCUCGUCAACACCUCGAGCGAGUAUUCAAGUGAUAGUGAUCUGAGCUUCGCCGAUAGUUUGGAGGAUCGCCUCUCCCCGGUCCCGGAACGUCGCCCCAGCGAGUUCACUCGUUACGAUAACAGGCUUGUCCGCGGAGAGGUGGCCGAGAUACACACCGAAUGCAAACACAAACGACGUAUGCGUAAAUGCUACGCGUAUUUCGUCACCCUCUCCGGAGAGCAGACCAAUAUUGCUGUUACCACCAUGCCCGAAUCCAUACGAAAUAGACUCAUCAUGAAGGAAAAGCAGAUUAGAUACCUUUGUCGUCGGAAGCACUCAAGUCGGAAGGUUUAUUGUAGAAGAGGCUCCCACAGGUUGUGCAGUAAACAUAGGGGCAAGCAAAAGCAUACGCAAACAUCACCUAUGAAUAGUGCCCCUGCUGAGCAGGCCGCGCCAGAAACCAAUAACAAGGCAACUGUGAGUGCAAGUGUGCAGACGUCUGAAACCGCGGCCGACAAAAAAGAAAGUACUAAUGAAAAGGAAGAUAAGGUUCAAAAUUAUGAUCGAAUAAUGAUUGGGUUCUGCUCAAGCAACACACAGACUAGCAUCUACUACUCGCAGGACGUUACAACCAUGAAGAAAACUGGGGAUACGAACGAUCGGACCGUGACGAAUGGCGCGGACAUUCGGACGAAAGCUCAAAACGUAUGCCAAAGUAAUUCAAAGCUCGCGAAGCAAGAUGCUGACAUAGACGAAAGGAUUUGUCAAAUUCUACUCGCAGGAUUGAAGGAACAGGAGAACGGGCACAUGGUUUUUGUGGAGGAAACGCAAACAUAUUACAGCAAGUCGAACGUUAAAAAGAUUUCUACCUCUGCGCAAACAACAGACGGUGUGAAGGAUUCGGCCACUCUAACGGACCUGACUUAUGACUGCCAAAAAAGCGAUAGAGCUCCCGGUAAAGGAAACGAAUCAGGCGGCAAGGAGAAGCUAACCGCGCUUCAAAAGUCAGAGGAAACGCUGGAAAAGCUGCAAAAGAUUAACGAGCUUCUGCGAAAAGAGAUUCAGGACACGAGACUGCGCUGUAGUCAGGGAACGCAAGUUAAUUUUGACAAAGUGUCGAAAACUGUAGAACCCGAAACCCACGGAGACAGUUACGGUAGUCUGCUGAAUCAUUCCAGUAAUUUCAAGCAAGCUAGUUUCGCAGAACAUCGCCGUCCGCGACAGUUGGAACCGUCGCGAAAUCCCCAGCCCCCGACAAAACUCCAACCUCCCAAAUCCAACUCACGGUUACCGUCGAAGGGUUCCCAAAAACGAUCGAGUAAUCUGUUGGGGUCUAAGUUUCGGCAAAAAUUCGAAGCCAUCCCGGAGGAGAAAAGUAGCGGAUCGUUAGAGUCGACCGAAGACUCCGCGGAAGCAACACCUCGCGAAAGCUCCGAGUACUUAAACCUGAACUACAUCAGGAAUAAGAAUAACCUCAGACACGGGGACGAUAUCAGAAAACCCAGGAACAGAAAUGAUGCCCGAAACGGGAAUGAUACGAGAGUCGGAAACGACGGUCAUUCUGGAACUGAUUUCAGAGCCAGAGGCGAAGGCAGAUACGGGAGUGAGGCCAAGAAUGGGAACGACCUCAGAAGCGGGACCGGAGUUGAGGUUAAGAAUGGGGAUGAUCCCAGGAACGGAAACGGCAGUGAGGCUAGGAAUGGGAAUGAUCUGAGGAAUGGAACUAAGAGUGAGGCCAGGAACAUUCACGACGUCAAGAUCUGCCGAUCAGCGACGGAUUGCCGGUUGACGCAGGACGCGUUUCUGAGCGAGUCGCGACGUCACACGGUCGGCAACGUCGUCAUGACGGAGCCGCUCAUUUACGAGCGGAGCAUGGAACGACGGAGGAACACGUAUCAUGGACCCGUGAGCGUGAGCGAACACACGCUCAAUACGGAACACGUUAAAAGAGCGGGGAAUUUGAAUGUGGGUGUAUCGCGGCGCACCGGGCAGAUCAUCGGGAAACGGACGAGCAUGAUGGUGGGUCGCUUCGAGCGCGUCAACGGAGAGAUCAAGAGUGGAGACGCCAAGAGGGACCUGGACAAGUACAAAGGACGCGCAGCCCUCGAGGCAGACGAACAGGAAGAGCUUUUGACGUUGUCGAGAGGGUGGAUCAACUUCUAUCUCUUGCGCGGGGAUAGUCAGGAAGUCACCGCCGAGAACGGGAUGCACGAGGAAGUGUUCGUGCGGACCCCGAACGCAUCUCCCGCAGACCUCGUGGACCAGCAAACUCAAAACUCCGGUCGAUCCCCCGAGGAUGAGCUGGGACAAUACACGGUGCACAUCCACGCGGCCCCCGAGUCCUUGCGAGGCAACGUCAAGUUCCCGGGGGUGGGCCUGGGUCCUCCCGCCGGGCGGAACCAUCACUCGCCGCCGGACGAGAUCAGCCUGCCGGAGAUCUCGAGCCCUCCGCAUUCGACGCCGUCCUCGGCGGCCUCCCGGAGCCCCUUGCAGCCCCAGCGAGUGGACCCACAGACGUUACCCUCACUCGCUCUCAACGGUCGAAAGCCUCGCAGGUCUCGCAGCGGUGCGCCCAGUGCCGCCGACGCGAGGUACGAUGCCGAUCUAUCGCCUCCCACCUCGCCAAAAUCCAUCAUGAGUCGUUCCGGAGAGCUGGCGUGUUCUGAGCAAUCGAUAACCUCCUCCAGCUGUGGCUCAGAAAGUCCUAAAUUCCUCGCCGAUAAAAGGUGGAGUAACCAUCGUCAUAGAGCAGAUUUGAGCUCUAGCUCUAGUGCAAAUAGUUGGACUGUGACAGUUGCUGGCAAUCAAGAGGCGAAUACAGACGUCGAAAUGAAAUUAGCUUUCAGUCAUUCCCAGGAUAGGCAAAAAUCGGUCGGCUCGUCCAGUCAGCAGUGGACCUUGACGGUGAACAGCAAAGGAAAACGAGAUAGGAGUAUAGAGAAACACCGGGAUGAAACUUUCCAAUGUCUUCCGGACUUAGAUGCCCAUCAUCAUCAUCACCACCACCAUCAUCAAAUGCAUAAAAAAGGUUGGAAACACAAAGAGCAAACCACACCAUCGGCAGAGCAACUCGCACUUCUCUGGCCAGCUGUCCAGGAAAUAAUUGAAAAGAAUGCCAUGUUUCAAAACCCAGGCGGGUUGAACGCACCGUGGACACCGAAGAAAGACGAAGACGUGGAGUCGAAGUUGUCGGUGACCGGCUGGGCGAUAACUCCCGAGAAGAAACCGCGAGUUCCAACCCAAAGCGAACGAGACUUGACCAGGACACACUGCUCUCGUCAUAUGAAACAACGUCAGUUCAGUUUUGCUUAAUUAGAGAUUUGCGCCUGUAUUAUGCUCAAAAUAGUCAAUCUUAUUUUAAUUCACUGCUAUCGGAUUUCAUAUUCAGGAUGUGCCAGGAUUCUUGUUGGAUGGUUCAGAAUCGAUUCUACACUCAAAAAGAGGACUCCAGCUUAGGGACCUUAUUCAUGUGGUUUAUUAAUCUGCCGUGCUAAGGAAGAACGACGUAUGAACCUCCAGCCGUUGCCAAGUUUCCUUUGAGAAAUUACGAAUU